GGCUUUUUCAGUGGUGCUAUUUGCAACAGAAUUGGAGUCAAGUGGACGUUGAUCAUCGGGACUUUGGGAUAUGCUCCAUACGGUGCCGCCUUGUAUACUAAUGCAAAGUUUGGCAAUAACUGGUUUCCAAUCCUCGGUGGAUUGACUUGUGGUAUAAGUGCCGUGUUUCUAUGGACAUCCUCUGGCGCCGUAAACCUCGUUUAUCCCCCAGUACAUCAACGAGGACGGGCUGUGGCGACAAAAUUUGCACUUCAGAAUCUAGGGGGCUUUAUUGGUGGAUUGAUUGCUGUUGGGCUCAAUGCUACCAAUGCAGCCCGUGGACGAGUGUCAGAUGCUACAUUCUUCGGUAUUACUUCUAUUAUGUGCCUAGGGCUCCCAGCAGCCCUUACAGUCCCUCGCCACCCUCAAAAGGUGAUUCGCACUGAUGGCAGCCGUGUCAGGCCACAUAAAUUCCUGUCAUGGAAGGAGGAAAUUCGCGGCUUUACAGAAAUAAUUACGAGAAAAGAAUUCCUGCUUUUGGUUCCGUAUUUCAUAUACUGCCAAUGGGACUUAUCAUAUAUGUGGGCGUGGAAUGCGACGUAUCACACCGUGCGUGCGAGGGCUGUUUUGAGCACAUGUUUCUAUCUUGUCGGUCCCACUAUUAUCGGUCCAAUUCAGGGAUUGCUCCUUGACAAUCCUAAGUGGCCACGUCAAAAUCGUAGCCGCCUCGGAGUUACAUCAUUCUUCAUAGUCGCUGUAUUAACUUGGAUAUAUGGACUCAUAGUGCAAUAUCAGUACUCAAAUCGACCAGUUAGCGCUGCCAUUGAUAUUUUUGACCCGAUCUUUGCCAAGUCUCUAUUACUCUUUAUUCUCUAUGGCCUCGUGGAAAACUCUGCAAUGGUUGUCAUUUACUGGCUUAUGGGCUCUCUUGCCUUUAAUCCAGGCCAGAUCGCCUCUAUUGUCGGGCUUUGUAAUGCAUUCGGCUCGCUGGGAUCUACUGCUGCGUUCAUUAUCGGUGCAGUUAACGUGGAUAUGAAGUACCAAGCUUGGGCUAACAUGAUAACAUUGCUGGUUGGCACCCCGGGCUUCCUUUGGGUGGGCUGGUUUUCCGUCAAAAGCGAUGCGGAUAUCAGUUUGUCAACUUAUGGAGAAACAGCUUACUUAGGCGACAUGGAGAACAGUGAUCAUGCUGGAGAGACUGAGGACAAAAAUACACCGGGAGUCCUCGAAGAGACAAUCGGUUUUUCCAAUGCGUCAACAAAUUAG